CACACACACACAGAGCGAGAGGGGGGGGGACACUGUGAAUGUGUGUUGUGUAUGUGUGUGUGUGUGAUCUGAUUUCAGUGGAUCAUGGAGCUGCGCUGUGACCGCGGCGUGUCGGAGACUCCUGGCCGCACAGACGCGCUUCUCGCUCGGUUUCUUCUGCUUCGGAGCGCCGCUGAACGGAACUAACGCUGGAGGAUCGGACCGGUACCGAUGGCUGAUCCUCUGCGGAGGACAAUUCUAGCCAAACUCAGGGGCAAGAAACCCAAAGGGAAAGACGCGAGCCGGGAGAGAGAAGGUAAAGCUAAAGUUUCUCAAACGCAGACAGAGAGGGGUUAUAUUUCAGAUGAGAUGCGGGGUGAACCGAGCUGUGUGACCGGGAUCCGGGCGCCGGGUCUCGGCUAUAGCGCGGUCCCCCGGUGCGCGGUUGCGGCGGCGGUGCGAGUACACCGAAGCGGGGGCUCAGAGCCCGGGGGUCCCGCUGGCGGAGCGGUGGAUCAGAGUGAACAGACCGAACCGAAGCGCUUCCACACGGUCGGAGACUCGAUCGGCUUCGGAAACUGCGAUUUAAACUCCAAAACAGAGUGUUUAAAGCGAGCAGAUGGUCAAGAGGUAGAGAAUAAAGACGCGAAUGUUACAGCACUCGAGCAAAAGGCCGGGAAAAACAUCACCGAGCGGAGCCCAAAACUCAACAACAUGUUUGAUUAUAUUGACGGAAACGAUUUAAUUCGGGUUCUAGAGGAGUAUCGCGGAGCUUUUAGCAUGCCAGCGUUACAAAGUCCAACUUUUUUCCCCACUGAUCUGGAACUAACAGCGGCCCCCGGGCGGAGGGAAGGGGCCCCUCGGCACCACUCGGUGGACAGCGAGGACGACGAUUAUUAUGAUAACCAGAUUCUGCCCUUUUAUGAGUCUUGCACGCAAAACAACUGCGAUGACAGACAGACAAACACUAUUGAACAAACAGAGUCCACGCAGGAGACAGACCGGCUGAAGUCGCAGCUCAAAGAGGCCUAUUAUUUGCUGAUCAACACAAUGCACAACAUCAGCUUUGAUGGUCAAGUGGAAGAUAACGGAUUUGUGGAUCAGGCGAGCAGCUCGAGUCGCUCUCAUGAUAGCGUUAGCACACAAUCCACCGAUAAAAGUGAUGUGUGUUUGUCAGAAGAGCGCAGCGGUCAGCAGCCGUUCGGCUUGGAUUCUGCAUUCAUUACGUUCUUUGCGCAGUCUUGUAGCGUGGGGUCUCCGCAGAGUAGAAGUUUGCAGAAUAUUCUCAAAGCGAACACCAAACCGAUGCUGCAGCGCUCCAUCAGCGAUAGCAGAGUCAAAUAUUCCUCGAUUGCAAACGCUUACGAGGAAACUUCGCUUUCGAAUAUUCGAAUGGGUUGCAGUGAUAGCGCAAACCCUAGCGAAGAUCGUAAGCACCAGUCGGUCAGCGAUGCGAUGGUGCCGAAACAGCCCGGCGUCACCGUCAACAAGAUGCAGGAGUGGAUGCAGAAGGGCCGCGUUCUGUCCUCCGAGAUGAAGCAGAGGAUCAUGGGAUCCUCAGCGAGAGCCAAUCACAGCGGCCGGAUGCGGAUAGAAGCAGUGCAUAUGGAGUGUGUGUCUGGUGUGUAUCAGCGAGAGCCCAUUGUUCGUCAGGCCUCGUUUAACCACAUCACCGUCUCCAAAAAGCGCAACUGGCUCCAGCAGAGCUGCGGGCGGGCGUUUCUGCAGCCGGAGGAGCUGACAGCACCCCCUGCGGGCCUGGAGGAGCAAACACACCAUCUCAGAACCGACCCGGCGGAGGAGAACGAUGCGGACGAUGAAGGAGAGAUCUGGUACAACCCCAUUCCAGAGGACGAGGAGAGCGACUGCGGUCAGACGAGGAACAGCAGCAGACGAGCCAGUACAGGAGCCGACGGCAAGAAGGAGAGUCUGAGUACAGACGGAGCGGUCUCACUGAGCAGAACACAAGAGGACAACCACAGAGCCACAGAUUCCUCAGAGCAGUCCACCGCUGGACGUUCUCCAUCAUCUAGUCCAAACCCAACUAAAAAGACGACAACGAUCAAUUGGUCUUUUCCCGAUAAAAUCAAGUCACCAAGAACUGUCCGCAAACUCUCUAUGAAGAUGAAGAAACUGCCUGAUCUGAGUCGGAAGCUCAGUGUUAAAGGCAACCCUAUUAACAAUGUGUCCGUCAAUAAUAUCCAAUCAGAACCCAGGGCUCACUCAGCGAGAGCCAAUGGGAUGUUAGAUUUGAGACACUCUAGAUUACCCCCUGCUGGAGUGACAACGGCAUUGGCCAGCGGAAAUGUGAUCUGGCGAUACCAUCUGGACAGCAGUGUUUCAACACAGCACAGUUUCGAUAAGCGGAGAAGCAACAGUGCUGGAGUGCCCAAAUCUGCAAGUAAAGGAGGAUACCUCAGUGACGGAGAUUCACCGGAACUUGUGGCCAAAUCAGGCAAGCAUACAAACUCCGAAAGAAAGAACUGCAAAACGCGGGAUCCCAACGGAAACAGCGGAAGUCCCAAACUCCCUGGUACUGAGCUGGAUAUCGAUGCUUUCCGUUCGUACAGUUUCACAGAGCAGCCAAAGUGCCUAACUUAUAUUUCAGGACUAAUGAGUCUGCAUUUCUAUGGCGCAGAAGAUCUGAAGCCGCCGCGGGUUGAUUCCCGGGAUAUCUACUGCGCCAUUCAGGUGGAUUCGGUCAAUAAAGCUCGUACGGCUUUGCUAACCUGUCGCACAUCGUUUCUGGACAUGGACCACACCUUUAAUAUCGAGCUGGAGAACGCUCAGCAUCUCAAACUCGUUGUCUUCAGCUGGGAGUCGACUCCGCGGCGGAACAGAGUGUGCUGUCAUGGGACCGUAGUUCUACCGGGAUUAUUUCGAGUCAGUAAAACACACCAGCUGGCAGUGCGUCUGGAGCCGCGCGGGAUGAUCUACGUGAAGCUGAGCCUGAUGGAGCAGAGGCAGAACUCUCUGGAUGGAGAUCAUCCCCAAAUGCAGGUCUUUGGUGUGGAGGCGCGGCGUGUGGUGGAGCGCGAGGCGUCCGGGCUCAUGGUUCCACUGCUCAUCGAGAAGUGCAUCUCUGAGAUCGAGAGGAGGGGUUGCCAGGUGGUGGGUCUGUAUCGUCUCUGCGGUUCGGCUGCGGUGAAGAAGGAGCUGCGUGAAGCUUUCGAGAGAGACAGUCACAGCGUGGAGCUCUCGGAAAGCAACUAUCCAGACAUUAACGUCAUCACAGGAGUGCUGAAGGAUUAUCUCCGUGAGCUCCCGCAUCCGCUCAUCACGCAGCAGCUGUAUGAGUGUGUUCUGGAGGCCAUGAUGAAGCGGCCGCUGCAGAUGGGGAACACCGGCUGUGAAAACACACCGGCUGACUCCCAGCUCACCGUCAGCCUGCUGGACAUCCUGCCUGAUGUGGAGAAGGCGAGUCUGCAGAAGCUGCUGGACCACCUGAAGCGUGUGGCGUCUCAUCACGAGCUCAACAAGAUGCCGUGUCAGAAUCUGGCGGUGUGUUUCGGGCCGGUUCUGCUGAGUCAGCGGCAGGAGGCGUCCAGUCAGGCCAAACGCGUGUUCAUCGACUCCGAGGAGCUGGCCAGCGCUCUGCACUUCAAGAAGCACAUCGAGGUGCUGCAUUACCUGCUGCAGCUGUGGCCAGUUGUGGAUGCUCGAGGUAAACCUUCAUCUCCAGUUCCAGCGGCAGCGGCUGCUGUACGGAGGAGGAAAGAGCGUCCGCAGGUGCUGAAUCUCACCGAGGUGCACAUGACUGGAGUACUGCGCCCCCGAGCGGGUCGAUUAGACAGUCCCAGUAACCGCUACGCUGGAGACUGGAGCGCAUGCCAGGACUCGUACAUGCAGCAGACCAGCCUGGAGGAGGCCGAUUAUGAUGAUGUUCCCAGCGAAGAGCCUUCAAACACAGGCCAGGAGGACCUACCGAAGAGUACUGCAGAUGAACAGGAGUUUCCUGAGGUGGAGGAGGCAGUGGAGAGGGUUGAGGAAAUGCAGAUCGAGGAGGAGGAGGAGGAUGAAGACGAGAGUGAUGAAGACGAGACGGGAGGAUUAGACAGGCUACAAAUAGAGGAACCUCUGUCUAUUAGCUCCUGCGACGAGAUCCUGCCAGAUCACUUGGAGCACCGACCCAAAGAGCACACCUACCAGGCCUACAUGAAGAUCCAGGAGAUCAGCCCAGUACUGAGCAAUAGAGUCAACCUACGGGAUCUGCAGGAGAGCAUCGACACGCUUAUCGGAAACUUGGAGCGGGAACUCAACAAGAAUAAGCUCAACCUAGGGUACUGACUCUAUUGCAGGACAGUCGAUAUGGGGUGGUGCAUCCCUAGAGACAUGGAACGUUCUUGCUCCUAUGGGAUGCAUGUACAAGAAGACAUUCCUCACAUCUGAUUUGUGUUUUGUUUGUCUCCUGGUCUCUGUGUUGUUGAUCUCUUGUUUUUCUUCUUAUGAGAAGAGGUCAUUGAACCCCUAGGGGUGCACCAGGUGCCUUCAUUGUGUUAAGGUGGUGCUUACGACAGCGAGAGCUUUUUACUUUCUACGGAGGUACAUAACAUUAUAAACCAAUGCACUUAUGGGGCCUGCCGUUAGAGGGAUGGCUCGUUCAGGUACAGGCGUGAAGACUUACAGUGGGAGAACUAGGUACUACAGAUAGAUCCCAGGUCAUAAACCAGGAUUACUCAAUACUGCUUAAUGAAAUCUGGCUUGAACCAGAUUCAGCCCUGUAGACACACUUGAACCAGCUCUUCAAGGGCUUAGGGUUUACUUAAAGAAGUAGAUCAGGAUUGAGCAUCCUACCCUAAACCCAAAACUAUGAAUCUAAACUCUAUUUCAGUCAUCUAAAAUGCAGAUUACCUUAGAGAGUGGAUGUUACUUUGAGAUCCCAGAUCCCUAAACUUUAAACGUAUACCUUUAUUCUGAACUAACCCUCAUCCCCUAACCCUGAUGUCUCCUGUCCUGCUCCAGGUAGGCCAGCUUCAGCUCUAUUUAAACACACUGUGACUAGAUAAUCAAGGUCUUGGGUUCGUCAGGAGUGGGGUCGAGUACCUGUCUCCUAAACUUUCCUCAGGAGUCUCAAAUGCAGAUGAUCUAGUUAGCUGGUGUUACCUGGUAGUUUGAGAAUCCUGUAUUGUGCAUUGUUCAAAAUUCUGAAAGUUAUAUCCUAAACUUACACCCUAACUCAGGAGUGUUCAGUCCUGAUCCUAAUAAGCUAUGGCCUGUAGUUCCAGAUCCCAACUCCCUACUUUCUAAACUUUUAAUUCCUAAAGGCCCAUACUUCCAACAAAAACUAAUUGAAUCAUCAUUUCAGGCUGAAACAAAGUUAUUUUUGAGUUCAUGCAAUUUGAGAAACUCACCAAAGCUAACUUUUGUGGGGAGUUCACUUUGGCUCCUAAAGACCUCAGAGCUACCAUUGGUCCAUGAAAAUUAUGCAAUCAGUAGGCAUGUUUUGGAGUAUAUGCACUGUUUAUCCACCUGAUCCGUAUCUUAUACCCACAGGCGUCAGACAGGAGAAUAUCAUCUAACACAACAACAUCUGUCACAUGAAUACACUGGAGAGUGGAGUAGCAGAGCUGUACAGGUGUAUCUGCACCUCUACAAUCAUUAACAGAGAUUUUAGUUUGAAAUAUAGCGGGGCCUUAUACUGUCCUAACCCUUGCAUCUUAACCACAAGAGCGUUCUCUCCUUCUCCAGCAAGGCCACCUUCAGCUUCACCUCCAUUUAAACACAGUAGAUUAAACUAGAUACUGAAGGUCUUGGUUCACCAGGAGUCGGACUGAGUACCUUACCCCAAUCCUUCGGGAAUCUCGAAAGCAGAUGAUCUAGUUCAGGGUUGGCCAAUCUCGGUCCUGGAGGUCUGGUGUUCUGCAGCUCCAAUCCCAA